AUGUCCCUGGUUGUCUUGGUACAGAUGGUAGGACAGGUAACAUGUCGGAACAACAAAAAGACACAUUCUUAUGGUCCGACCAGAGUACAAGUCCGCCCGAGGUGUCCCAAGAACGUAGCUGCAAUUGUCUGCGUGGAAGACACCCCCGUCUGCUUGGAAUGUCAGCCAUUGAAGAAUUGUGAGCCUGGUAGAGUUGUCAGUCUAGAGCGACAGUCAGCCUGGAAGGACUGUCAGUCCGGGAGAUGUUGUCAGCGUAGAGUGGCAGUUAGCAUGGAAGUAUUGUCUCCGUGGAGUGACAACAAGCAUGAAAGCAGUUCGGAGAUGUUGCUCAUGUACUUCCCUCAGCCCACGCCCACGCUCUUCCAUCUCCCAGGCCGCCCACACCUCAUCUUCCCACAUAUGAGUGCAAAAUCCAGCCGCCCAUACUCCUUGCACCUUUUAGCCGCCCACACGUACACAUUCCCACGCUCAAUUGUAUCCCCUGGCCGCCCACACCGAGGCAUUUCCACGCCCAUUAGUACCCCUGGCCGCCCACACCGAGCCAUUCCCACACUCAGUAUACCCCCCACUCGCCCACAUCGAGGGGUUUCCCACGCCCAACUGCACGCCCACCAUCAGAGGAUUCCCCAACUCUCCUCUGUCCUGGAGGCCCCCCCAUGGAAGCCCCCAACUUCCCCCAGCCAUGGAGGACCCCUUAGAGAAAGGCCCAGCUCCCCCUGCACCAGAGGUCCCCCGCUCAUCCAGGGGACUCCCGAUCCCCCUAGAGGUCCCCCGCUCCCCAGAGGACCCCCGCUACCCCGGACGACCCCCGCUCCCCCAGACGACCCCCCGCUCCCCCAGACGACCCCCCGCUUCCCCAGACGACCCCCUGCUCCCCUGGAGGACCCUCGCUCCCCCAGACGACCCCCGCUCCCCCAGACGACCCCCUGCUCCCCCAGAGGACCCCCGCUCCCCCAGACGACCCCCGCUCCCCCAGAGGACCCCCCGCUCCCCCAGACGACCCCCCGCUCCCCCAGACGACCCCCUACUCCCCCAGAGGACUCCCGCUCCCCUCAGAGGCCCCCGCUCCCCCCAAGAGGACCCCACACAACCAAUGGUCGCGAAUGA